GGCCUUUUCCGGUUCACGCCGUCGUUCAGCAAGAGCUUGUGAUUUAUAUUUUUGAAAAAUAGAGAGUAUUCUCUAAUAUUUAAGGACAGUAUGGAAGACGAUUGGGCUACGGAUAACCAAACUGGUGCAGUUGCCGCCCCAAAAUUGCAGAACUACCCGAAAUUAAAUUGUUUGCUAGAUGGAACUGUGAUGAUGUCCAAGUUUCAGACAUGUCCCUUCAGGACUAUAUUGCAGUUAAAGAAAAAAAUGCAAAGUAUUUACCCCAUUCAGCUGGUAGAUAUGCUGCAAAACGAUUCCGUAAAGCACAAUGCCCAAUUGUUGAGAGGUUGACAAACUCUCUAAUGAUGCAUGGACGUAACAAUGGUAAAAAAUUGAUGGCUGUCAGAAUUGUUAAACAUGCCUUUGAAAUUAUCCAUUUACUAACAGGAGAAAAUCCACUACAGAUUUUGGUUUCUGCUAUUAUCAAUUCAGGACCUAGGGAAGACUCUACUCGUAUUGGUAGAGCUGGUACUGUAAGAAGACAAGCUGUUGAUGUUUCACCUUUGAGAAGGGUUAACCAAGCAAUUUGGUUGCUCUGCACAGGUGCUAGGGAAGCUGCAUUCCGUAAUAUUAAAACUAUUGCUGAAUGUUUGGCUGAUGAAUUAAUCAAUGCCGCCAAGGGAUCAUCAAAUUCUUAUGCUAUCAAAAAGAAGGAUGAACUUGAACGUGUAGCCAAAUCCAACCGUUAAAUUUAUUUCUCAUUUUAUAUUUUAUUUCCAAUAAUAAAUAUGG